AUGUGUCUUACUAAGUGCUACAACAUCUACAACAUUUGUCUUCCAUUGGACGUCACCGACGCCCGUAUCCUGAUCCACGACGGUCAGAUAAAAAGCUUUCAUGAAGACACCGGCCUGGCUUAUUUGCCUUGGGGCCCAGGUGAAUUCAGAGAGUUUCUCAACUGCUUUGUUCAUGCCAGAACCAACUGGCACCUGAAGCUCGAAGCCCAGGUAAUGUAUACUAAGAAGAUUAUGGCCAUUACUAAAAUUUAUGAAGCUGAGGAUGCUUAUAACUUGGCUAAGCUGCAGCUUCGUAGGGCCUAUAAGGUCCUUAAGGGCACUUCUCUUAAACAAAAGACGGUUCCUCAGUCUGAGGAAUCUAAACAGGCAAUGAAGGAGACUCUUAGUGCCAAUUUCGCUAAAGCUGUUGCUGAAGCAAAGAAAAAGGCUCAAAUGAAGGCUAUCCAGAGAAAAAUGAAGGCUUCUUCCCCCAAGGAACCUUCCAGUAUCUACUGGCCUUCUGACUUCUACAAGUACAAAGAGAUCACCAACGAGAAGAACGACCCAACCUUCUUGCCUGGUGAUUUCCAUAACUUCAGGAAGCUCCCUAAACAGAAAAAAAACACCUUCUUGCCUGCUGACUUCCCCUUGUUCAGGAAAACCAUGAACAAGAAGACCAUUCCUCUUUUCAUGCCUUGCGACUUCUUCAAGUUCAAGGAGUACUUCAAGGAACCUGAAGGUACCUCAUACUUACCAGGCGCCUUCCUCUUCUUCAGACACUUGUCUGUUAGAAGAAUCCUCAGGCAUUUCUUGCCUAGCAGCUUUGUUCAUUACAAGGCCUUGCAUUCACCCCAAGAAACCUACCUUCCAGGCGACUUCCCUCACUUCUACGAUACUUGGGUCCGUGACGAGUUCUCAGGUAAAAGGAAGCAAACCAGAAAUGGUUUCAAAAAGUCGAACAAAAUGGUUUCUAGGAAAUGCUCUAAGAGACAGAGGUUGAACACUCUUUCUGCUGCUGUUCGGAUGAAGGCACACCAGAUGUUCAAUCCUAAACCUGUUCACCCUGAACCUCUUCGCUUGAAGGAAAAUAGGCCAACUUUGGUCAGUUUGAAUCCACAUCUCGGGCGUUUUAUGAGAAGGGUGCAACCCGUCUCUGUCGUUUGA